AAAGCAAAGCCACACUCUAAAAAUCCACUCACAGACACUGGUCAGUAAACAGACAAGAGGAAGAAGAACCAGUCAUGUCCCACUCAACAACUAUCUUCUUCUCUCACCUUUGUAAACCCUAAAUCCUAAAAAUCUCCAAAACCCUAAAGUCAGUUUUGUUGUUUGACAAUGAUGCUUCAAAGAAGCUGCAUUGUACUCUUCUCUCUUUCUCUGUUCGUUCCAUACAUGAGUUUGGCCAUGCUCAACAAAACUCUUCUUCUCCUACCGCAUCCCGACCCAGAGCUAGUCGCUCUUGAUGUUCAUAGGAGAGUUAAUGCCUCUCUGUGGAGACGUCAAGCUAUGGACACGACGGACCAAACCGGUUCAAACCCGUGCUUCACCGGAAAUCCAAUCGACGACUGUUGGAAAUGCGACCCGAACUGGCCCAAUAACCGACAAGGGCUAGCCGAUUGCGGAAUCGGGUUCGGACAGUACGCAUUGGGAGGCAAAGGCGGUCGGUUUUACUUCGUCACUGAUUCUUCCGACGACGAUGCUGUCGAGCCUAAACCGGGCACUCUCAGAUACGGAGUGAUACAAGUAGAGCCAUUGUGGAUAGUGUUCCCAAGCAACAUGAUGAUAAAAUUAAAGCAAGAGUUAAUAUUCAAUAGUUACAAGACUCUUGAUGGAAGAGGGGCUAAUGUUCAUAUUGUUGGUGGUGGCUGCAUCACUCUUCAAUAUGUCUCCAAUGUUAUCAUUCACAACAUUCAUAUCCACCAUUGCUACCAGUCCGGUAAUACUAACGUGCGGUCAAGUCCAACGCAUUAUGGAUUCAGAACUAAAUCGGACGGUGAUGGUAUCUCCAUCUUCGGAUCAAAGGACAUAUGGAUCGACCAUUGUUCUCUCUCAAGAUGUAAAGAUGGUCUGAUAGAUGCUGUGAUGGGAUCUACCGGGAUUACAAUAUCGAACAGCUUCUUCUCACACCACAAUGAAGUCAUGCUGCUUGGUCACAGCGACCACUACGAGCCAGACAGUGGCAUGCAGGUAACCAUUGCUUUCAAUCACUUUGGAGAGAAAUUGAUUCAAAGGAUGCCAAGGUGUAGACGUGGAUACAUUCAUGUGGUUAACAAUGAUUUUACUCAAUGGGAAAUGUAUGCGAUUGGCGGUAGCGGUAACCCGACAAUUAAUAGUCAGGGUAACCGCUUUACUGCCCCAUCCAACCCGUUUGCCAAAGAGGUGACUAAAAGAGUUGAAACGCCGGACGGUGAGUGGAAAGGGUGGAACUGGCGAUCUGAGGGAGACAUUUUGGUUAAUGGAGCCUUCUUCGUGGCGUCUGGAGAAGGUGCAGAAAUGAGGUACGAGAAGGCGUAUAGCGUCGAGCCUAAAUCGGCCUCGUUCAUCGACCAAAUCACAUUUCAUUCAGGCGUUCUUGGAGUUGGCGGCAGGAACAACAAUCUGGGGAUGUGGACUACUACCGGAUCCGAAGGUAAUGGCGGUUUAGAUUCUUAUAAUGACUAUACGGAUGAAAUGUCUGGCACCGGUUCAACUAACCGGUUAUCUUUUUCGGUUAUAGUUUUAUCUUUCAUGCUCAAUUUGUUAUCAUAUUUGGUCAUUUUCACUUCUUCAACCCAAAUGUUUUCUUUCCAACCCAAAUGUUCAUGAUGUUGUAACAUGAAUUUACUUAUUUAA